AUGGCUCGCACUAAGCAGACCGCCCGAAAGUCCACUGGUGGCAAGGCCCCUCGCAAGCAGCUCGCUUCCAAGGCCGCCCGCAAGUCCGCCCCCUCUACCGGAGGUGUCAAGAAGCCUCACCGCUAUAAGCCUGGUACCGUCGCUCUCCGUGAGAUUCGACGAUACCAGAAGUCGACCGAGCUCCUCAUCCGAAAGCUCCCCUUCCAGCGUCUGGUUCGUGAGAUUGCCCAGGACUUUAAGUCUGAUCUCCGCUUCCAGUCUUCUGCCAUCGGUGCUCUCCAGGAGUCCGUUGAGUCCUACCUCGUCUCCCUCUUCGAGGACACCAACCUCUGCGCCAUCCAUGCCAAGCGUGUCACCAUCCAAUCCAAGGACAUCCAGCUCGCCCGCCGCCUCCGCGGUGAGCGUAACUAA